CAUGGGCUAGCCUUUAUGGAUGGGCUACCUGUGGGUGAGCCCGCGAUAACAUUCCAGCACAUUUCGCGUUGUUAUAGCAACACAACUAGUCAAGGAGAAAACUUUAUGAAAGAGAAACAAACCACAACUAUCUCCCUCACAUAUCGUAAAGUUAAAGUUUAUUUCGUCAACACGAUGAAUAUCGAAUCUUGGUGCACUGUUGAGCUGAAUUCCAAGCAAGAUUGGACCCGAGCAGACAGAAAACACGAUCCGAAUGGCUUCAAUAGUUCAGUGUUCAAAGGAGCUUCAAACCAACAUCAAGAAAGUCGUCUUGACUUCGCAACAGCUGAGCCAGAAUUCCACCGAGAAAGACGCCAUUUCCCCGAAAAAAGUUAUUCUCAGCUGGCUGGCCAAGUAACAAAGGACAAGAAAAGGUCCUGACAGCAUCAAGAAGGAAAAGACUAUAGGAACAUUAUAAUACUUUGGUUCAGAGAGCAAAAGAAGAACAUCAAAAUUAUGUUUUUACUCAUUUGUUAUUUAUCUAAUAUUUCCUUUAAUUCACAUCGGGAUCAUUUCUUAGACCAAUAAAAAACAUGCUUGUCAGCAAUGGAUUUUCUAGAACUUUCAGUGCCUAACUUUACCCUAGAGGCCUGGUACAGCUAGAUGCUGACACUAGACACUGUACUGCAGUACAAAGCUGUGCCAGUGUGACACUAGAAGCCGAAGGGAACACAACAUCCUAAUCAACAAUUGUUUCUCUUCCUCUUAACCUACAGUCAAUCAAAUUUGUUUAAAUAUCAUUCAAUAAAUGGAUAUAAAAGUGAUAGACAAUAGAGUAGGGAUUCAAUUUGUGUAGGACAAAAGAAAGUCAACUCAUUUUGUCUAGUGUGGAGGCAAGGAUACAAAUCCUGAGAAAGACAUAUCAAGGACAGAUGGAUCUGAAUGUGACUAACCACAAACAAUUUUGAAGCGGUAAACAUCAUGUGAAGUAGACAAUGCUUGAGUCCAUGCAGUUAUAAAUGUUAUGCAUAGGUAAAUGUUUUUCUUACUAUAGUUUUGGCCAUAGAAAACAUUCUGUUUGUUGCCAUUGGUGUAUGUGCCAUGUUUAUUACUACGAGUUAUCGCACUUUCAUAGUUGGGGAGAACCCAAUUAAUCACCUCGUGCCAUUGUCUAUGUUCACGAGUGUCAUUACAUUGAAUUACAAUAAAUGUUUUGCCCCAAGCAGAUAUAAAA